AUGAUUAGGAAGAAACGUCUAAGAAAGACAGGCAUUACUGAUUUAGGUGGAGAUGCCUCACUUCCCACACAUGCUUCAGCAUCAUUGUCAACUCCACCACAACCCCCAGCAUCAUCCCCAGCUCCACCACAACCCCCAGCAUCAUCCCCAGCUCCACCACAACCUAUAGCAUCCUCCCCAACUCCACCGCAACCUCCAUUAUCUGGCCAUGCCCCAUCACAACCUCCAGGAUCUAGGCAGACUCCAUCAGAAUCAUUCACCCCACAUCUCUCUCACGAUAUUCCAUCGACAGCCUCGUCUACAUCACGUCGUUACUGGAUAGUUAAUGUGAUAGAUGAAGAAGGGCUUAUAAAACAGGAAAAACUAAGGGUUAAAGAUGUUUGGUUACUAGCACGUGGAAGGCGUGUUAUGUUAGAGUUCAAUGAAUCAUUCCAACCAAUUGGAGAUCCAGCUGGACUUCUUGGAGGGAUUUUAGGAGAAUUAGCCUCUGAUUUUGUUGCUUUUCCUGUCAAUUAUGAAAGUUGGCACAAAGUACCGAAGACAUACAAAGAAGAAAUUUACAAAAAUAGAAUCAUGGAAAAAUUUAAUGUUGACGAGGGGCCUGCUAAAAAUUUUAUUUUGAAGAACAUUGGGAAGAAAUGGAAGGACAAUAGAUGUAAAUUAUACCAUGAGUGGUAUGAUCCCAAUAUUGGUCGAGAAGCAAAUAUUACAAAGCAUCCACCGGGAAUAUCUCAAGACCAAUGGGCAAGUUUUAUUGACUAUCGUGCACGAGAUAAGACUAAGGAGAUAUGUCAAAAAAAUGCUGAAAAUCGAUUCAAAUUGACAAUUCCACACACAGGAGGGUCGAAAAGUCUAGCAAGGAAAAAAUAUGAGAUGGAAAUUGAGAGUGGCCAGCCUGUGAGUAGGGGUUUAUUAUACAUUGCGACGCAUAAGAAGAAAGAUGGAUCUUUUGUGAAUGAAGGAGCACGAACUAUAAGCGCACCAGAUGCACAUAGUGGACCAGUGUCACCAGCAGGAAGGCUCUCUUCUAAUGCAAGUCAUGACAUUCAUCAGACCCAUCAAGAUCCAAACCAACAAAGUUGAUGUGAUGAUAUGGAACUUCAUUUUGGAUAUUAAAUUGUUUAAAAUAUGUUACAUAUUUGGAUAUUUAAGUUGUAUUGAAUAUUUAUGGUUUAUUGAUUAAAUGGAUUGAAAUA